AUGGCGCUCAAUCGUUUCUUAAUCUCAAUCUUCUUCUCUCUCACCCUCCUUACCACGACGACCCUUUCCCUCUUCGAACCCGACCCGGAUUCGAUUCCCACCGUCUACGAGCUCCUCCCCAAGUACGGCCUCCCAAGCGGUCUCUUGCCGGAUUCCGUCACCAAUUUCACCCUCUCCGACGACGGCCGAUUCGUCGUCCACCUGGCCAAGCCCUGCACAAUUGAAUUCGACUACCUCGUUUACUACGAGAAGACCAUUUCCGGAAAAAUCGGUUACGGCUCGAUCACCGACCUCAAGGGUAUUCAGGUGAAGCGGGUCUUUAUUUGGUUCGACGUCGAUGAGAUCAAAGUCGAUCUCCCGCCCAGCGAUUCCAUCUACUUCAAGGUUGGGUUUAUCAACAAGAAGCUCGACAUUGACCAGUUCAAGACUGUACAUUCCUGUGGCGACAAUGGUGUCUCUGCUGGCUCUUGUGGAGAUUCAUGGAAGAGUUUUCUCCAGCUUCAAGGAAUGGUAGAUGAAGCGGAGAUGCUAAUCACCGAGUAA